AUGACGCCUCGUAUCAUUUGCAAGGCCGGACCUUCGGUACAUGAUCUCAAGCCCGUGGCUGUGAGUGAUCUGGUCUCUCACAUCUCACGAUCUUGAUCUCGUGGGCUGUCCUCCCUUGAGUCGGCGCGUGAAGCGAGGUAUGACGUAAUUGCUCUGACCCCGAACUCGAUCGGUCGAUCGGUCGGACGAGUUUGGGCACUGGAAGGAUGAGAAAGACCUCGAACCCGCGUCCAUCCCGACUGAGCUAACUGUUUCUCUUACAGGUCAACGGAGCACCCAUCGAAAUCAAAGCAGCAGGUUUCGAAGGCAGAAUCUCGGUCCGCCUGAACAACUUCCAUGGCACAGCUCCGGGAGGAGGGGAGGCGCCUUCCAAGCCGAAGACCGAAUACACCACACCGACGGAUACGAUGAGCAUCAGCUUUUGUGGUCGCUUCAAUGAGGAGAGCCUGAAUGCGGAUGAUGUACUUUGGGGGAACCAGGUCAGUAUGUAUGGCGCCGAUCAUGACUUUGCCCAGCGAGUGACUGAUCCGAUCGGAUGCUAUCAUCGGCGCCUGUCGAACAGUGGGAGCAGCCGAUCCGAGACUAUCUACCUUAUGGAACAGCCGCUGCACUCAAGAUCGCCCCUCUCAUCGAUCCUGCGUUGACGCACGACAUCUACGCCGAUCGACCAUGGGCCUUCGUGAGUCGAGAUUGGCGAGAGAGUUCUAGUCAGGACUUGGGCUGACGUGGUCCCUGGUCAUCUCGGGCUCUUCUUGCGCAAACAGUCCCCGCUCCUAGCCACGAUGCAACACAUCCAAGCUGAAGAGACCGAUCCCUCUGCCUCGAUUCCCGACUACACUCCAGGGCCAGUGAACGAAGACAUCUCGAUCCUUUUCGAGAACGAAGCCGACGCGACGAAACUUCACGGCAAGCCCGAUCAACGUCGCAAGUGGAUGGCCAACGCCGAGCACCGCAAGCUCGUCAAGCUCAACAAGAAGCAUGUCCUGACGUGCGAUUUCAGUAACGGAUUCAUUGACUGUAAGCGCAAAGCCACACAGAUCAUAAAGUUUGAGCUCAGCUCAUCGAUACGAUGUGUUGGGAACUGUAGUUGCGAACCUCGCGCUCAAGCUCCCGGGAGGGCUCAAGUUCUCGCUCGAGAAGUACUGGGACGGGCAACCCGUCACCUUCGUGUGCCGCAAGCGCGAGUCGAUCGACCAUGUCUACUUCGUUAUCACGUUCGAGCUCGAAGGAGACAAGCGAGCACAGCCUAAUCAUGCAGAGGUCGAGAAGAAGGAAGACCCUACAUCCGAUGAAGUGGUCGAGGCCGUCGAUGAGUUGGGUGUCGAUUGA